AAAACCCGCACAGCACGAGUAAGGUCUUGGCUUCUGUAAGAGAGUCGUUUAUCUUUAUACGACCGGUGCUUCUGUGCAGGUUCCGCUGCAUGUGCUGACAUCAAGGUGCUUGGAGGACUCAUACAUUGAACUGUUUUUAUAAUUAACAUUAUUGUGAACUGUUGUUGCUCGUAGAAACUUUCUGUUUUCGUCGCAGCAUCUCGUUUUGCCGGGAAAAGCAGUGAAUUGUGUCACGCAUAAGUGGUUCCAUUGGGCAUCUAAAGCUUCCAAUUUUCAUAAUUACCACGUAAAAUUUCUGUUGCUAUUUAAGCAAAGUAUUAUUUCAGACGUUAGGGAUAAGAAAAUGGUCAUGGAGGCAUCCCCUUCUCCGCAGAAUGUCGGUCGUGAAUUUGUCCGACAAUAUUAUACUUUACUUAAUCAAGCUCCUGCACAUCUUCAUAGAUUCUAUAAUCAACAUUCAUCCUUCGUGCAUGGAGGAUUAGAUUCCAAUCGAGAAUCAACUCCUGCAAUUGGUCAAAAGCAAAUACAUCAAAAAAUUCAACAACUAAAUUUCCGAGACUGUCAUGCCAAAAUAAGCCAAGUUGAUUCACAGCUUACUCUUGAAAAUGGUGUUGUCGUGCAAGUAUCAGGAGAACUAUCUAAUGCUGGACAACCAAUGCGUCGUUUUACACAAACAUUUGUGUUAGCCAUACAAGCACCAAAAACAUAUUAUGUACAUAAUGACAUAUUUCGUUACCAAGAUUUGAUCUUUCCUGAUGAAGAAGAAACAGAUGUGGGUGGUGUAGAAGGAGGUGUAGGUGAGCCUGGAGAAAGGGAAGGGGAGGAGGGAGUGCGUUCCGAACCAGAGGAAGAUGAACAUCAAAAUCGUGGACAGCAGCUUUCAACACCAGCUACAUCUACUGAACCUCAAGUUCAACCUCCGCUUAUUCCCGCACAACAACCCGUGCUUCAACAACAGCAACAAAUAUACUAUGCACCACCGCCACAACAGACUCAUGUACAUCCUGUAAUGCAACAGGUAUUAAAUGGUUCGGUUCAUGAAGAAGCACCAUUAAUAAAUCAACAACCACCACCACCACCACAACAACAACAACAACAACAGCAGCCACAACAACAACCACCUCCACCACCAGCACAGCAGCACCAAUAUAUAACAGAACCUACGUCACAAACACAAUUUGUACAAGAAGCGGAACUGGAUCCUGCAGCCGAACAACAACAACAACAACAAACAGAAAAUGAGCCACAAGCUCAAUCAAAUGAAAGUCGUGAACAACCUGAUGCUGAAACAUUUACCGCUUCUGUACAAGAAUCCGAACCAGAACAUCAAGUGGCAAAUACAAGUGUGACUAGUAGCGGGCCGAAAACAUACGCUAAUCUUGUGAAAUCAUUCCCCAGUACUACUGGCGCUACUAGUCCUCAAGCUCCUAAAUUGUCUAUGUCACCGCCCCCAAUGACGAACUUGCGUUUAGACGAUAGAUCGCCACUACAUCCAACUAGUAGUGGACCUGCACUGUCUAUAACACCUAGCGUUUCUACGCCUCAACAACAGACUCAUAGAGUUAGUAACCAACAGCCACAACAGCAACAACAUCAGCAGCAGCGAGCUCCGAGAGGAGGAGCAGUACAACGAGAUGGCGAUCGUCGUGGUACAAGACAAAGUCAAUAUAGCGAUGCCCACCAACUAUUCCUUGGGAAUUUACCGCACAAUGCAUCAGAAGAUGAUUUACGUCAAUUGUUUGAAUCUUAUGGUAGAGUAGUAGAGUUGCGUAUACACAGUAAAUCAAAUGAUAGAUGCAAGGGGCCGCAGGGAAAUAACACGGGAAAAGUGCCUAAUUAUGGAUUCAUCACUUUCGAAGAUCAACAAGUCGUUAGCAAAGUGUUACAGAAUUUGCCGAUUUAUUAUCCUGCUGAAAAUGGACAAAAGCUAAAUGUGGAAGAAAAGAAGGUUAAGCCAAGAACGAUGGAAGGUAGCGGUGGUCGAUUGAAUUCUAAUGAUGGCAAUAUGAGAGCGAUGGGAGGACAACAGCAACAACAGCAACAGCAACGAGGCCCAGGUGGGCCUGGAGGUAUGAUGAGAGGUGGACAACAUGGUACGAGAGGUGGACGUGGAGGAUUUUCACGAGGUGGUGAUGGUGGAAGGGGUGGUGGUGGUAUGCGACAGUCUGGUAAUCCCAACAAUCUAAGUUAUCAAAAUCGCCGCUAAUACUUCAAGCAACAUUGAAGGGGCACUCCCCAGUUUCUUUCUUCUUGAACAAGUCAUCGGUAUAUAAUUACCAUCCUCAUUUUUGAACACAAAAUCCAGGACUAUCUCGUAUGCCACACAACGUGAUUAAAGGCGCUAUUCUUUUACGCUUAAACAUCGCUUGCACCGUUUGUCAAGCAACAACUAUAGAUGACGCAGCUCAAACUGUAUGGAAUACGAACUCGAGUAGGAUAAUCGGAUUAUCGCAUUUAAGCUAAGUUUAUCGUAUUCGUGGAUAAGGAAUAAUGAUUUAGUAAAAUAAUUCAUUAAACGUUCAACUUAGUUCGUUGAAUAUUUGAUGAAAUAAAUACUACGAGUUCGUUCUUCAUACAUCGACGUCAGGCAAUUUACAAGACUUUACGAUGAAAACAGAACUGCAUUCAUUUGCAUAUGUACGUAUAACAGAGCGACGCGUGAUAUCCUCUCCAGAAAUAUGGGUGUAUUUUGUCUCCUGAUACGUAGCCCACGUUUCUUAGAAGCCAACAUCCAAGAAACAAAAUUGUUGCCAAUUUUUGUGAUAGAAUGACAGAAGAAAACUCGAACCAAGUUCUUUCGUGUUCUUCGCAGCACGUGUGCGAUAUAUUAAAGCAAGUAACAGUGUUAGAAGUAUACAUCAUACAGAUCAUACACACAUACAGAUACAUGUCAAACUAGUAUUCGGUAACAUACCUUUUGUUUUCCUUUGGAUGAAUAUCAUGAAAGUUAUACGUCGCUCUUUUAGUUUUCUUCGUUUGCCAAUCGCAUUAAGGAGACAUAAGCGGUGCGAAUUCCGCUGUCGUAUAAAUAAGUCACGAGCCAAACUAAACGAAAUUAAAACGAGAGGAUACGAAUCAUUUUAACUAUGGAAUAUCACCGUACACUUCAUAUGCUCUCGAGUUAAUUUACUUGACUGCCGAUGUAACGUUCCAUCUACAUAUAGAAAGUCGGCAAUAAUGUUUAUAGGUGUAGUUGGUCGGUGUUGGUUAACGAGUAGAGAACUGCGGCUGUUCUGUGGUCGCAUAUAAAAAGACACAGUCGAUUUUUUCACAAAACAUGGCCAACUAUCAAUCGACCGGUAUCGGUUGAUAGUGGCGCAGUACCUUUAGACUGCAGCUGGUCUCGCCGUUUCCUAAUUCAUGCGCGUGUCGCUUAUGCUCUAUUUUGUUCCAACCUGCUAAUUUUUUGUUCAAUUUCCUUUUUCUAUUCCUCGCGUAUCUUUUCGUAUUAGCCUUUUGUCUUUUCUUCUUAUGUUCGUCUUCGUCUCUUUCUUAUUUUCUCUUUACUCUUUUUAUCGGUCUUUUGUUUCUCGUCUUCUUUCAUACAAAGUCAUACACAAAGAGGGCAAUGCUAUUUCAAAAUUAUAAUUUUAUAGUUGAUACAACAAACUAAUUGAGAAUUGUCUAACAUCUGUUAGUUUGAUAGUCUCUGGUGAUCGCAGAACUCGCAGUGCGCUGCUAAAAUAAAGAGACCUAGUACCGUUAUAACAACACAAAAUUUUAGCUUGACUUUGUGCAAAACCUCGUAAGAUUAACAAUGUAUAUUGAUGAAAGAAUAUUCCCCUGCUUACUAACGUAAUUAGCGUUAUUCUUGUAAUUAUUAUACAUACAUAAAUAGAAAUUUUUCAAAGUUCGAUCAAGAGUGAUAAAUGUUCGUACGAAGAUUUUAUAAACUUCUUUAACCUGGCUCUUUUCUUCGAUAAUUAGAUAAUCCAUAUCAAUAAUUAGAUCGAAAAGUAGGCAUAUGAAUAUUCAUUUUUGAAGAUUUUGUCAGCUCUCUGGCGCUAAGGUACACUUUUAAAUGUUUUUCAAUCUACACGUUAUCUUACGAACGAAUAGUUUUACCAGCAUGAAGUAAUAACAGCGAUUUAGGGAAAUUAGAUGGUCGAUCUAACUUAUCCUUUAUAUGGAGAAGAUAAAUUCAGCACGUGCACUUAUUCUAUAUCACCGGAUGGAAUUGAGGAAUAUUUUGAUUCCUGUAUCUUCAUAAGUACCCUAAUGUGUAGAUAGUAUUUUCCUAUCUGUAUUUUCGACACGUGUCCGUAUAAAGGUGCUAGGGCAGAUAAAACAGAGGAGAGAAAGAGAGCGAGAGGAUGAGAGAGAGAGAGAGAGAGAGAGAGAGAGAGAGAGAGAGAGCUAGAGCGAACGAGAGAGAAUUGUGUUUAUUAGAAAAAAAAAGCAUCAGAAAUAUUUUCGAAUUUCUAGAAACAGUUUGCAAAAUGAGUCCUGCGAUUAUUAGAGACAGGGCAAUAUAUUUUUUCUGGCCUAUUCGUCACGUGUGUUUUUUUUUUCCUUUUUUCAAACCAGGAGAUAUUGUUCUUUUGUUUCUGUAAAUUGUGAUCGUGUUAAAAAUCAUCGGAUAAUCAGAAGAAAAUUAUCAAGCCAACAUUGAAACAAUAUAGAAGAAUCGUAAGUGCAAAGUAAAAAGUAAUACAAUACUACCAUCGUCCUGAAACAGUGGUAGCGCAUAUAGUAAUUUAUGUGCCAUCUCGUACGUAUACACCUCGCCCUAACCCAAGUGCACAGAUGAAAAUACAGGAGACGAACAGAAAUUAAACUGUUUUUUUAAUAGUGCUGAGAAAUACAGAGGUGGUAACAAUAUGUUGAUGGUGAUAAAUUAACUGAAUGUUGAAAUUUGCCAGAAAUUACAAAGUGCACGGCGACUAAACCACAAAAUGCUACAAUAUUAAGGCUGAAAACAUGUGAGAAGUAAUUAUUUACUUUCUUAUUGAUCCAUUAAAUUGUUACGUAGUCUACAUUAAACAACCGCAAUAGUUUGUAAUCGAAUGCGUUACAAUUGCUAUGUCCGAGAUAUAGCAGAAUCAUCGGCGAUCGACUUCAUUCAUUCUACUAUCUUUACAAAUUUUCCUGUAAUGUACAUGUAAUCUUAGUUAAGCAUAGCUUCAUACGGUGGAAUGAUUUUUCUGUAAUAAAAUUCGAUGUUUGUAAAACGUUGCUUUUGUAUUAUAUCACGAUGAUGCUGCUUUGUCUCGGUCAUGGAUAAAGAGGUAAUUUCGCGUAAUCAGUUGGCUGCAUUGUUCGUUACGUCGACAAAUUAGAAUAUUUGCAAAGCAUGCUCGUAAUUGUCCAGUCAUCCGUAAAAGAACUUUAUCAUUAAAAAGGAUCAUUGUAAAAUAGCGAAUUGCUUAUUUCAUUUGAAGUACCGAUAUGCCUUUUAUAUCUGCGUAUGAUGAUAUUUUCAAUUGUACAAAUAAUAAUAUAUAAAAUUUUAUAUGUCCAAACAAUCACGCUACUAACUCUAUGCAUCGAAUAAGUUGAUUAAUUUAUUCCUUCUUAAAUCGUAAGGUUAAAAUACAAUAACGAAUUUUUAUGGCUAGGUAUUUUAACGAGCUUCUUCUUUAGCCUCGACGAGUAGAAUGUAGCACUUUGAUCUUUGCUCUUAUUUCAAUUUUCAAUAUGUAUAUACAGUCUUUAGGUAAGUUCAUUUGUACCGUUCAGUAUAUAUAUAUAUAUAUAUAUACAUCAGUGUGCAUCUCACGUAUAAACGCAUUGAAAACAAAGUGUUCAGAGGCCACGUGCAUGCGAGAUCACCUCUUUAUACCUGAACGAAAGCUCUGCAAAUUUUUAGUGUGAAUGUUUUCGUUUUUAAGUGAUUAUUAAUAAUAAUAAUAAUAAUUAAUAAUAAUAAUAAUAAUAAUAAUAAUAAUAAUAAUUAAUAAAAAAAGAUAAAUAUAAUGAACGAAGAAAGGAAUAUGAAGAAACACAAAUAAUUAUAACAUUAUAAUAAUUAGAGGAUGGCGAAUAAGUUGUGAAUUUUUGUAGUAUACAUUUUUAUUUCGGUCUAUUAGGCCAGUUUGUGUGUACAACCAUGGUCAACGUUACUACGACAAAAGGAAAGAAAUAAUGUUAAAGGAAAAUGAAAAAAAAAAACAAACAUCAAAUAUAUUGUAACUUUUUGCAUUUAGUAUAAUAUACCUACCUUACUACCAACUCCUGUUAGUAUCGCUUUAUUUAUCGGAAUAUUUCACCAUUUCUUUAUCAACAAAAUGUUCGAGCUGCACGCUUCAAGAAUCGAUUAUCUGCGGUAAUAACGUUUAAUAAAUGUUAUUAUUUGCAGUCGUUUACGAUGGUACAUUAAUUUAUUUAAGUAAAUUCCGAAUAUUUGUUUGAGCGUUGUUUAUCCUCUUAAUACUCAAUUUCCAUCAGUAACAUUCGACUAUUUAUUGACUUUUUCUCAAUGAAAAACGCAACAAUCGGAUCUAAAAGGGAAACUAUUUCGGCCUUUUCGUUUGCGGCGAUACAUUGGGGGACUUGCUUGAAUGUAAAUAACAAGGCAAACACGAACAUUUUUGGGACAACUGGAACAAACGCGUUACGAUCAAAAGAAAAAUAUUUCAUGUUCUUUUCAAAGACCAAAUAUUUUCUCGUCUAAUUUUAUCUCCGAAGCACGAUGAAUUAUUUGAUCCUUCCUGUCAUAAUUACUUCAAGUAAAAAUGAUAUCUUCAUUGAAAUCGGAAUUCUUACAAGAUGUUUCGUUUCGUGCAAACAAAUAAAUAUCUUUCCGAAAGUCCCACUACGCGUCUUAGUAUAUGUCGUAAUAUAUAUGUAAAUUUCACUACUUCAAUUAAAGGGUUAAAUUGAUUUACUCUCGUUCCUAUAUGAACAUUAGAUACAGUAGACGUUCAUUUGCGAUCAUUUGAUACAGUUCCUCAUGACCUGAUUACUCGAACAUCAAACAGCGGCGUAACGUAGUUCGAAGUAUAAAAAUAUACACACGUAAAAAUUAGCGGACAAACAGUUUCAUUUUAUCGAAACUGCUGUAAAAACAUCGCGACGAUCCGACGAGGUAUACUCGACAAAUUGAUUUUACUUUUUAAUUGCACGUAGGCGGAUGAACUCUAAUUCUAUGAGAUACAGAAUAUCGAGCGAGGCGUUUCUAUGGAUAUUUCAAAUUACAGCGGUUUUACGUCACACGCUAAAUAUUUUGCAUUAUAAAAAAUUCACCGAAUUAUGAACAUUUUGGUGAUGGUAGAUUUUAGACAAGUUCAGUACGCGUGGUUACGUACACACGAUUCGACAUGACGUUUAUUGCAAGGUCUUUUUCCUACUCUCUUUACAAAAUUCAUAUUGUUAGGUGAAUAUCUCAAAAUUAUGGCUAACACGUUAUUUUGGGACAAGUUAUUUGACGAGCUAUUUUAUGACAUAAUCGGUAAGAGAUAAAAACGAGCAUAGUCGAUAUUAUCGGAAAAGUUUUGGUCAUUGUGAAAGUGCAUGUGUUAAUGCCGGAGGACACUUGCUCGUGCCAUUAAGCUUAUUCUGUUGGCGUUUUGUUAAAUCGUCGCAAUUUCUAAAUCGUUCGACACGGUUGAGCGACUCUAUGAUUAUUUUAUAAUCUUUGCGAUAGUCACUCGAAUCGAGACGAAUUUUUGCGGGUAAUUAGAGCACAUCUACCGCUUAAAUCCCUGCUUAACGUAACUGACACGAUGCGAUUUAGAUAAUUCCACGUAUGUGUAUGUCACAGAACAAACAUGUGAACAGAACAAAUAAGUGCGAAAUACUCUUCACGGUCAUACGAGUGACGAGUAUGGUCGCUCAGAAAAGUAACUUUCAUGUACACUUUAAGAUUGCUUAAAAAUUUCAUUAUUAUAAUCGUAAUAGUUGCCACCUGUUAACGAUACGUUUCGAACAGUUUCGUGCAGUACGUUCGCAACUGUAACGAUAUAGUUAAAAAUUUUCUUAUAAAUAAGCGUCGGAAUACUUUCGCGAGUCGUUGAACAAAAAGUUACAAGAUGUUCACCACAAAUAUGAUGCGAUUACGAACAAAAGUGUUGGCACAUUCCUUAGAACCGAAUAAUUUUUUUAAGGUUAGACCAUACGACUUUUUUGACGAGUUAGGAAUAAUCUCGUAAUGAACGAGAUGAUGCGAAAGAAAUUUUUUGAAAAAAUUGCAGACGAUCAGAAUCGCGGGGAAAAUAGUAAAAAUCACUUCUUACAAGUUUCUUAUCUGAGACUGUAACGAAGGUUUAAAAACUGAGAUAAGUAAGCUUUGUAGAUCUAUGUUAGUUAUAUAUGUACUAACGACUUUAUCGAAACCGGUCAACGUUGCUAUAAGCUACAGACGGAUAAAAACGAUGAAAUUUGCUGUUUCCUACGAUUUUCGGCCUGUAACUAAUAAAUCCAUAUUCUUGUUCAUCUUUUAACGCCUAUUACUCGUUUCUACAUCGACCGAUUUCGACGAAAUUUUUAGCAUACGUACAGCUGGCAUAACUCCUCAAAAUAUGUUGUUUAAAUUAUGCUUACAAACCUAAAUAAAGAUGCGUAGAAAGCUGCAACUUUCCUAAAAUUUUUGUUACCCGUCACCCAGUAAAUUAGUCCCAACUUUUCAGAAGAAAACAAAAUUCAGUUACUUUGGUCGAAUUUAAAAAAAGUUUUUCUACCUUAGAGAGUGUGCCAAUACCUUAGUUCGUGACUAUGUAGCUAACAAAAAAUUGGUGUAUGGAGUAAACAGGCACCUUAAACAUGUAAUAAUUGUUAAAGAUUAAUUUCGAAAUCUACCGGCAUAAUCGUAACAGCUUCGUCUGGCCACGAUGUUAAUAAAGCAAAUAAAAAAUAAAGCAAACGCGUGACGCAUCCGUAUCGAACGUAAAGAGUUUCUACAAGGAUCGGAAUAUUUUUACGAGCCGCCGCAUGCUGCUACAUAAAGGCUCGAUGGAACCGAGCAGAACAUGAAUCGAACGUUAUCCGGUUGAAGAUUAUUCGAAAAAGAAACUUCGAGGCCUGCCGGUUACGUAUGUACGGGACAUUACGUUGCGUAAUUGUCCGGGUAGGAGGGACUCGGUUCCACAGCGAGAAGAGGAACGAGAAGCAGUGCAUAUGGCAGAAAGAUCAAACGGGGGUGUCGGAAGAAAGAAAAACGAUGAGGUCAUCUCUGGUUGUUUGGCGUGAGUCCGCGAGCUCGGAUAGUCUCUGCUGGUCGUUCCUCCGCGCACUGCCCGCAGUCAGUACCGGUCCAGCGAUCGAUUUGGAGGGCUCUUUUGAACGUUCCCGAAAACGGCCGGAGAAAGGACAGAAAGGUAACGCCGGCAACAAGGGAAAGGAACGAUUCGAGAGAUCGCAAUGCGGACGAAACUGCAGUUCCUUUUAUUUGCGUUGCUGUUAGUGUCCCUUUUGGCGGACGUCUCAGCCCAACAAGUAAG